CAACUUCGUGACGGGCGAGCUGUCGGCGCCCGCGCCGCCAGCCGAGGCGCCGGCGGCGGCGGCCGAGGAGCCGGCGCCGCUGCGCAUCGACGAGGCGACCAUGGACGCGGCGCUGGCGCUGCUGCACGAGGCGGACCCGCGCGCGGCGGGCGCGGAGGAGGCGGCGCUGGCGCGGCUGGAGGCGGCGGCGCACGGCAUGGGCGCGCUGGUGGACGCGGCGCUGGAGCGCGCGGACCGGCGCCACGCGCGCCUCACGCAGCUGUCGGCCGACCUGGUGGACGCGCUCAACCUCUACCACGAGCUCAUGCGCGCGCCGCCGCUGCUGCUCGCGCCGCUGCACCCGCCGCCGCCCAGGUGCUGACCGUGCAACGCAGCUGGUGGCUCGCGCGUGACGUAGCGCGGCGUCGUGCCGUGCCGCGCCCGUGCCGCGCUCGUGCUGUGCCGCGGCGUCGUGUCGUGCCGCGCUCGUGCCGCGCUCGUGCCGCGGCGUCGUGCCGAGCCGCGUUCGUGCUGUGCCGAGUGACGCGUGAUGCGCGCCGUGCUUGCACAUUGCAUUGUUUUUUACUACUACUGCUAUAUUGUAUUGUUAUUAUACGUUUUUAAAUGUGGUUAAAAAUUUUCCUUCUGUAGCCAAUCAAAUUAAUAAAGGAUGUUUAUUCAAUAGUA